CCCCUUCCAACGUCACAUUGUGCAAGAGACAAAACCCGGGCGCGCCGGAGCUCACACGCGCACGCACGGCAGACGCCCCGGUCGCCUCCUCUUCGUUCUCUGCGCGGUGGAGAAAGCCGGCCAGCUUUGCUUUGCGGAGGACGCGGAGCUCAGUCGGUUCCCAGAGCAGCUCAGAGCCAAGCCAGGAGGUGAACCCAGCCGGGGAACCACCUUCCUUCUCCGAUGCCUGCCUAGCCUGAGACGUCCCGUCUAUCCCAUCCCCCUCGCCCAGAACUCCGUUCUCUCCCCUACCCCACCCCUUGGGGGUUUCACACGGACAGCGCCCCGGAGCCGAGGGCGUGUCAUCGGGUUUGGAAUCCACAUUUCAGCACUUCGGACAGCGCCCCGGUGUUUCAGGAUGGCAAGCCUGCAGCAGGGCGAGAAACAGCUGUUUGAGAAGUUCUGGAAAGGGACCUUCAAAGCGGUGGCCACUCCGCGUCCCGAGAGCAUCAUCGUCGCCAGUAUCACAGCCCGCAAACCGCUGCCAAGGACAGAGCCCCAGAGCAGCCUGUUGGUCCCAGCCCAGGAUGGACCUUCAGAAAAACUGGGCCAGUGUCUGACCACUGAAGCCUUUGAUACCAACAGCUGGGGCAGAGACAAGGCCUGCAGGGAUCUGGGUCCUGCCAGAGCACACAGUGCUUCUCAAGACAGAGACCUGACACCACCACCUUCCUCCAGGGGCAAAAAGAAAAAGAAGAAAUCGACCAGAAAGAAGAGAAGGAGGUCCCCAUCCUACAGCCCAUCGCCAGUCAAGAAGAAGAAGAAGAAAAGCUCCAAGAAGCAUAAACGACACAGGUCUUUCUCGAAGAAAAGGAGACACAGCUCCUGUAGCCCUAAAGGCAAACGACGGGAAGAGAAGAGGCACAAAAAACAAUCUCGAAGCCGGAAGUCUCAUCGCCAUAGACAUCACCGAUGCCCCUCAAGGUCCCAGAGCUCAGAACUGCGCUCCUCCAGCUGCGAGAGCAGGCACCGAGGUCGGUCUCCUGAGGAAGGGCGGAAAUCCCGCCGAACACACUCCCGCCGCUGCUCCAAGAACUACUGCAAGGUCAGCCCGGAGGCCCGGUCCAGCCACCUGCCCAGCCAGCCCCUCCAGAGGCUCGGCUUCCUGUCAGCCAGGGGUGUAAUCUCUGGGUCGGGGUCUGCUGCUGACCUCUUUAGCAAAUCAGCCAGCCCGCUCACCGCCUCCCGAGGGCGCUCCCAGGAGUACGACUCAGGCAAUGACACAUCCUCGCCGCCCUCCACACAAACCAGCUCCGCCAGGUCCCGGGGCCAGGAGAAGGGGAGCCCGGGUGGAGAUCUGAGCAAGAGUCGGGACCUCAACUGCGGCAACAGCUCCGAUUCAGGGAACUCCUUCACCACCUCCUCCCCGCAGAACAAGGGGGCUGUCUUGGAGAAUGUCUCUCCCAGCUGCAGGGACAGUGAGUCAAGAGGCUUUCAGUCUCCGUGUCUACAGUGUGCUGAGGUGAAGAAGUCUAGUUUGGUCCCAUCCACAACCAGGAGCUCCCCCAUCAAAGAGUGCUCCCGGAGCUCCUCCUACACCAGCACUCGAUCCUCCAGUCCUUCUUCCCGGUCUCCAAACCCCAGAGCCUCCCCCAGGUACACCCGGAGCCGGUCCACCUCCUCUGAAAAAAGGUCCUACUCUCGCUCUCCCAGCUACUCUUCCAAGUCUGGCAAGAGGAGCCCACCUAGCAGAAGCUCGAGGCCUCGUCGCAGUCCCAGCUAUUCCCGCUACAGCCCCAGCAGGGAACGGGACCCCAAGUAUGGGGAGAAGGAACCGCAGCCCCGAGAGCGAGCGCGCAGGAGGCGAAGGUCCUACUCGCCAAUGAGGAAGCGCCGGAGAGACUCCCCAAGUCACCUGGAGGCCCGGAGAAUAACCAGUGCCCGCAAACGCCCCAUCCCCUACUACCGACCCAGCCCCUCCUCCUCCAGCAGCCUCAGCAGCGCCUCCUCCUGGUACAGCAGCAGCAGCAGCCGCUCGGCCAGCCGCAGUUACUCCAGGAGUCGUAGUCCCAGUCGGAGCCGCAGCCGGAGCCAGACCCGGAGCAGGACGCGGACCAGCCGCAGCUCCAGCUCCCGCAGCCUCAGCUUGGGCUCCCGGAGCCGCAGUCGGAGUCGGAGCCUGAGCUACAGCUCAGCAGAAAGCUAUGCCAGCACGAGGCGCUAGGCAAAGGCCCUCCCUCGAUCCAGCUGCCCACCGGGAGGACCUCUCUGUACUCUCUGCCAGUCUCCUUUACUACCUGACCUUCAUACCGUCUCCCUGGUGACAGAUACAGAAUACUCCUGGCUCCUGUCUUCCAUGCUUUCCUGGGAAGGUGGGAUGAGAUACAGGGACUUCUAUUCCUUUGCCAAGCUGCAGAGGAGCCUCUCCACCAGUACCAUCCCGGGGCUCACCUGGGCGGAGGGAAAGGGCCACCUGUGGGAAGGUACGAUCCAUGACUCAAAAGUGCGAAGAUAUGCAGAGACAACUCUGGUCCACUCACCCACCACUCACAGAAUAUUUCGUGAUAUUCUGCCCUCCUUCUCCCUUCAUUCUAUCUCAUGGCUGCGCAUUUCGGACCCAGUGUUGGGAAGAGAGGAGACCAAGGGUGGUUGAAGCCCAAGACAAGAUCUUGGAGCUUUUGCCUCCAGCUCCUGGGUCCGAGAGAGGUGAGACAAGAGCAGGGAAGGUUAGCGUUGCUAGUGUCCAGGGCAAGACUGGAAAUGGGCUCUCUAGUUAUACCUAUGCGUCAUCCCCCUCCUAGUAUGUCAGCAUGGUCAGAGAAGGGAGCCCAGCACCUUCCAGCUCUGUGGAGGCCCUCAUACAGGGCCCUGUGACCCCACAGGGAUAAGGAGACAGUCAAACAGUCAGCAUACCUUGGGCUACAGCCCCAGUUCCCAAGUUUGCCUCAUCCCCAGUUAGCUGGCACCAGUGUGAUUCCACGGGACCAUCUGCAGAGCAUUCCCAGUGCUGUGGCUAGCAGCCAGCCCCCAGCGCCAGCCAGUCUGCCCUUGCCCUCCAGUUGGCGCCUGCCAGCCCCCUCCACAUUGCCCAGACUGCCACACCCUGGAUUCUGCCAAGCAUAGCCUGGCACCUGCUGUCCCACAUGAAGACCACUCUCCUUGCCUCUCAGGAAUUUUGCCAGGAUAGGACACUGCAUGUAACUCACUGUUGUGGGGGGAGGAGGGGGACUCAAGUCCGGAGAGCCUGUGACAGAGGAACUUGAGGGGUCCCUGUCAUGGCCCCCUGAUAGCUUCUGAGUUUGCUGUCAGCUUAGGGAAGUCCAAUCACACUUAGGGAAGUGCCCUCAUCCUACCUUCCUCCGGCCCGGGCUGGCCAGCAAGGGUAAGCUGCCCUCUGACACACACAUUCCAUGAGGUGCUUUGUCUGCAGAAGAUAUUGGGAACGGGCAGGUGAGAGAGAUGGUCCUUAAAAUAAACCCGUGGGCAUCCCUCCUCACCAGCUGUCUGGCUUUCCAGAGCCUGUGGGUGUCAAGUUUGUGAUGACAACAGCUGAGCAGGCCAGGGCACACGGGGAAAAGGUUCUUUCCCAUCUGUGGACAGUGAAACACCAUGGAUGCAAGGACAGGCGACACUAUUUAUCCCUCAUGCUCCAAGAUAAACAUUGGGGGUGGGGGAACUCCCAUCUUAAAAGCAGUGAUCUUUCUACAACAAUAGUCUCUAACCUAUCACGGUGCCUGGAGCUCCAAUGAGCACCAGUGGAGUUCUUCAUCCAGUAGGAGAGGAAUGGGGGAUCAGUGGCCACACUGGCUUUCCCACCAUGGCUUUUAACUCUGCCCAACAAGACUCGUGGAUGCCUAUGUUGAAAGCACGAAAGGCCAGGUUGCAGGUGCCUGGCACAGGAGUAGGUGCCCUGGGAAGGCAUGUACAGCAACUGUAAAUAACCCUCGUCCCCACCCAGGAUGCCAAAGGAGCUGCAUCUCUGUCAUGGAGACAAAGGCUUCCAGGAGCCACCAAACCUCCUCAGCUUGUGAAGACGGGAAAGCAUGUCGGGAAGACACGGACUAUCUUCAUUCAAACCACUCUCGGGGACUAUUUGGCCUGGGGCUCCUAGCAAACUUUUUUAUUUAUUCAAUUUAUUUAUUUUUAUUUAUUUAUUAUUUAUGUGAUGCGCUCCCUUUCUCGUCAUUAGCAGUAUUUAUUUAUUUAUUUAUUUAUUCAGAGAGAGAGAUUGUGUAUCAUGAUGUGUGAUCAUGUGUGUAUUUGGCAGGAUGGUCUUCUAAAUUAUUUGUGCAUUUUAAAAAAAAAUCUCGUUGCUAUGGUUACACCCGGAGAGGCCAGAGGCAUCUGGGUCUUUCCCAUGAAUGCUCUAAGACCUGAGCAUCCUGAAACUGAACCAGAAGAGCAUGAGUCCCAAGGUUUAUUGUUCAACUUGAUGCCAGUGAGGCUCAGGCUUGUACACCCGCUGAUCUGCAGUAUCAGAAAGAUGAGGUCAGCCACAGAGCUCAUGAACCUAAGUCCAGGGCGAGAGCCUGACAUUAGCAUUUAGAGAAAAGCUACACAAAAUUUUAAAAGCCAUGAAGGACUCGCUGAGUGACUGCAAGUGCCAUGUCUUGGGCGGAUGGCCAGUCUUCGGUGGCAUGCAUAAUAGAGCCAUCCCUUGUGAUUGGGGAACCAUGUGGGUAAGAAUGGUUUCAUACUGGCAUGGUUCUUUCGGACAAGGUGUCAGCCUCAUGAGGUUUGACUGAUGCUCUGACAUCUGGAAAGAAAGGUAGGAAUGGGCUAGCCUAGGGAAGACAUUGUGCUCAACUUGAUGUCAGCGGAAGGCAUUCACGUCUUCCUGUGAGCAAAAGUGGGCCGUUUUGUGUAAGCUACACUGCUUCUCCUCCGGGUAUCUAGCUCCUCCCCCCAGCUCUCAGCUUUUGAGAUUGGAAAGCAUCCCUGCUUUGUGUUUUCCUGCAGUAGACAAGCACUGUUUUGUGACGAGGGCAUGAGCCAUGGGGGGGGGACCCACAACCCAAACCAAACCUCCUUUCGCUGUUCCAUUGAGGAUAGCACAAAGCUGCUUCUGAAAUUAGAAAAUAAAGAUACAGAUGGAAGGGACAGCCAGAUGUCACCCCAAAAAGGUCAUUUCUAAACUCAGUCUGGGAUCUCGGACCUGGAGACAUUUAUCAGUCCUGCCUUCCUGGCCAACUGGCAGUGACUUUCUGGCUGCUGGCUACAGAGAGCUCUUGCCCUUUCUGAAGCCAUUCUCCACAGCCUCGUAGGUGCCAGCUUGCCUGGUCCUGUAGAUUCCCCACCACACCCCUGGAUGUCCCCAUCAAUGUGGCUGUCAUGUUUUAACCCAAGCAAGGGGAUAGUCUUCCCUUGGGACUAGUUUUCAGAAGAUUGUUUAGAUACCUCUAAACAAUCCACUCUCUUCCUUAUAAUCCUCCUCUUCCUAUUCCUCCUCCUCCUCCAUCUCUCUCUUUCCCAUUCCUGCUUUUCUUUCCAAGCAAACAUAGAAUUCUUUCCAGGACACUGAUAGCCUUGGUUAACCAGAACCACUAAACCCAGGUAUAUCUACCCACUUUACCCUCGUUACUUUCUGUCUCUAGGGAAUAAGAGCUCUUGAAAGUGGUUCGUAGCUAUGCUUAUACAGUGGGUAGCACUCUGUGUUACCAAGGCCGUUCAGGGUGAGGAUUUAGUUCAACCACCAACAUCAAAAAUGGGAAGAGAGUAUAGACUGAGGUUAAGCAGCAUGUUACCCAAAGCUCCUUGACCUUGGGUCUCGGUCUCAGAGAGUCCUAUCCCUACAUUUCUCAGACCCGAAAGGGUUUGCUUAAAGAAGUACAAAUUUGGGGUGCUACCAAAGGUUGAAAAAAGCAAUGAGUUAUGUCUUUCUCAAGGCCAACUUGCAGCUUUUUUUUUCUGAUGCCGUGUUUUUCUUUUUCUGUGUUUUUCUUUUUCACUGAGGGUGAAAUCCUCAUGCACACUCAGCAAGGCUGUAGCAAAGGAGCCUCACCCUCAGCCCUCUGCUAGAUUCCCUUGUUCUGAAUAGUCUCAUGGCUAAUAGUCUCACCUUGGCUUCCCCUCUGCUGAGUAGAAAAUUUGAUUUGAUCAUCUAUGACGCAUGCCCUUCUCCACCGGUCAGCCCACAGAGACUCUCCGGCCUGACACAUCAUCGGCAAGGCUUUAAAGAAGGCUAUUCUCUGUUCUGCACUGAUGAGCUGAUGACAUUCACACCAUGGUCACCAUCUUCUAUCUGUAACUGUUUUUUUUUUUUUUUUCUCUCUGUGUAUUGGGGUUUUUGUUGUUGCAUUGUUCAUCUUUGUUUUUCUUUCGUGAGUGGUUUUGUUUUGUUUUGUUUUGUUUUGGCAGUUGUCAUUUUGCACUGUAAAUACCAUGAUGUGAGCCUAUCCUCAGGACACGGCUUAUUUAAUAAUUUAUUAUUUUCUAUUUAUUGAGUGGUAUUGGGAAGGGAGGGGGAGCAGCCCUCCCACUGGGUUGCUACUGGAAACUGGUCCAUCUCUCAGCUCUGGGUGCUGCUGUAGUGGGGUAUUAUCACCCAGGUAACGAUUGCUGGAUUCACCAGAUGAGUUGGAACUGUCAGAAACAGAGGCUUCCGUCAUACAAAUUAAAUUCAAAUGGAACCAAAACACUCGUUAUCUUCGGAAAACCUCAUGUAGGUGGAAAUGAAUCGAGGAACUCAAAUGCCUGUACACAAACCAACUUCUAUUAAAAAGUCACAACUUAAAAAACA